GAGGAUUGUUUUCGUUGUCUCGCUUCCUCCUUCCGUCUUCUUGCACUGUCAUGUGAACGGCAAGCCACAACCGAGAGGUUUUUUUUUCCCCCUCCCAGGUUCAACAGAUUUAAAAACAAGUGUCAGCGGGUGCUCGUAGAGGCUGUACCCGGGUUCCAGAGCUCCCUGCCCCGGUCACGGAUCGCUCCUGAGGUCGUGCUGAGACGCUGCGGCUGGCAUGGCGGACGGGGAGCGGUCGCCGCUGCUGUCCGAGCAGCACGACGGGACCAACGGCUUCUCUCCCGGCGGCAGCUCCUAUGGAUAUCCGCCAAAACCCAAGAACAUCGCUCCGUUCCCCAGCUCGGUGGCGCCCGGCGAAGCCCCGCCCCCUUACUCCCCACAGGGCAGCCCGGACAGCAGCAGCGCGCCCGUCAUCAGCUGCCGGGUGUGUCAGAGCGCCAUAUCUGUGGAGGGCAAGACGCACCAGCAUGUGGUCAAGUGCGGCAUCUGCAACGAAGCUACGCCGAUAAAAAACGCUCCUGUUGGGAAGAAGUAUGUCCGCUGUCCCUGCAACUGUCUGCUGAUCUGCAAGGUCACGUCGCAGAGGAUCGCCUGUCCAAGACCAUACUGUAAACGCAUCAUCAACCUGGGCCCCGUUCACAUCGGGAGGGACAGUCCUGAACCGCAGCACCAGCCUGUUGGCAUCAGGGUCAUCUGUGGACACUGCUCCAAUACAUUCCUGUGGACAGAGUUUUCAGAUCGGACCUUGGCCAGAUGUCCACACUGCCGUAAAGUCUCUUCUAUUGGUCAUCGGUACCCCAGGAGGAGGAGCCUGCUGUGCUUCCUGCUCUUCAUUGUGCUCGCUGCCUCCACAGCAGGACUCAUGGUCGGUACUUGGCAUCCCGCCCAGAAGUCCAAAGGGAUUUACGUGUCGUGGGUGCUGGUGAUCCUGCUGGCUCUCUUCACCAUGGCAAGAACCAUCUACUGGAGGUGUCUGAAAAUCAGCGACCCCAUAUCCAACAUCACAUAGAGGGAGGGAAGGAACGAGGGAGGGAGGGAGGAUAGGUGUAGGGAGAGAGGGAAGGAGAACUAAAGGAGAAGGCGAGGGGAAAAUGAGUGUAGAGAAGGAGGGCUAAAGAGAGAAAAGGGAUGUGAUUGGGAAAUGAGAAUUGAGGCGGGAUAAAAGAGAGAUGGAGGAAAAGUUGGAGGGGAAAAAUGAAGUUUUUUUUGUUUUUGGUCAGUUGCAAUAUUUCCCACUUGGUGACACAAUUUAUCAGUUUUUAUCGACACACGGCAGCAAAUCCAUCGUCGAUAGUCUGAGCAGAAAAGGAGGAGGAUGGAGGGAGCGACGGGGAGAAACGCAGGGAAGAGGAAAAAAAAAACAUGUAACUGGAGAUAUGAAUAUCUGACGCUGUGGCUGGAUCGAAGCCGUCGAGCGCUGAGAUUUGGCGCAGAUAUUCCCUAAAUCUUUUAAAAUAUUUGCACCUUUUAAAAUAUUCACACACCAAAAUGUUGGUCAGUGUUUCCCCCAGGACGUCGGUCGUGUCGUGUCGGAGGGGAAAAGCCUCUCAAACGGCUUUUAGGAAGUAACAAGGCGCUAAACCUCACUGCUUUAUCACAUCACAUACGUCAGAGAGAAGGAAGGAGAGACCAAAAUAGUGUUUUUUAGUCGACUUUUGGGUUUGAUAGUCGUCUGAAUAUCACAAUGGUGGCGGUUGAAGUCGUUGAAGUUUCAAGCCAAGCAGGUUUGAGGGAAAGAAAAUGAGAGUUUUCUUUUUUUUUUUGGUUGAAAUGCAGCCCCAGCUCCUCGCGUCCAGCAGCUCUGCCUUCAGUGUGACUUUCCUCUUGUUUUUGGUUUUCACUCUGCGGCUCGUUUGUCAUUUUCUCCAUCCAGCUGGAGGCUUUGGUUCCAAAGUGACACAGAGUGAGUCUGAAAUGAUCGGUAUCGCAAAAUUCAAAGACACUCUUCGUUUUUUUAGAGGACAGAUGACCAAAUUUUGCUUCUCUGGGAUUGAACGCAGCGACAAAGUGAGAUUGCUGGCCGAGGUUUUUUUUCCCAGACGCGUUUCUGAAAAAGGGACCAGAUUAAAAGAGAAAGCCGAUCUUUCAGACUGAGUUCUGUGAUGGAGGAAGCUGCUUUUAAUUUAUUCAGUUUAAACUCAAGCUAUAAAGAAGGGAGGCGCAGGUGAUGACGCAGUAUUUAACAAACAAAUCUAACUGUGAUCCGUUCAUCGACUAAGCAACUUCUCAUCCAACGACUCGGAUUCAGAAACGGAGAAUUCACCUCGGACACCACAUGAAUCACUACUAUAUACUGUAUGAUUAUACUGUGUGUACAGAUGAGGGGUGUGGCGUAUAUGUGUUUAUUUUUAUUUUAUUUUCCAUUUUAAAUGAGAGAAAUGCAGUAUGUACAUCUCAUAUAAUACACAAGGUGAAGAUUCUGUAAAGAAAAGGAAUCAAUGUAUCGGCGUGGGUCAUUAAAGGGGAAAUUUCAAAAAGCAAAAGCCAAAAAAAAAGCAUUAACUGAUUUGAAUCGUCACGGAAAUCACAGAUUAUUGGGGUUAAGGUGAUAGUUAUUCUUAUUUUGUGUCUUUGAAAGUCUAAAUGAACAUUUAAACAUGCAGUAUAUAGUGUAUGUCAUUUGAUUCAGCACACAGUGGCCUUCCUUCUCUUUCAUCUUAGAGCAAAUCUGGGUUAAAAUAAUAAUAAAAAAAAGCAAAGUGAUUAAAAACUGAUAAAAUACAAUGAUUAUAAAACUCAGAGGAGAUGCUAUGCGAUGGUGUAUGUGCUAUAAUUUAAGCAAAUAAAGCCAAACGGACUCAAAAUGACUGAAACUGGACAAAAAAUUAAGGCAACUGGGUCAGAAUAAAAUAAUAAUAAUAAUAACCAAAAAAAAAAACGGGCUGUCAACUGGAACAGUGAUAAUAAUAGGGAAAUAAAUACAUAAUUUAUGUUUACAAACUGCUCAUAAAUCAAUAGACUGGCAAAUGUUGGGAGCAAGCGUCAUUUUUAUUUCACUUUAACUUAAAACUUCGCAUGUCAGCACUCAUUUCACACACACACACACACACACACAGGUUAUAUGGGGCAUUUAAUUUGAUUUACAUAUGAAGCUUUUACAUAAAAAGUAAGUGGCAUCUGCUCGCACAGAAAUAAACAACAGAUGAUUCUUUGGCGGCAAAAUGAAAAUGGAACAAACACUUGAUGUCGUUUGCAAAAAAGGUGCGCUUGUGGUCCAAACCGGUCGAAGCACACGGAGGGAGGGGUUUAUUUAUUUGUGCUUUCUCUCUCUCUGUUUAGUGUCACACAGCUUCUUAUCUCAACCAGAAAAACCGGAUUGAACCGACACUAAUUAAACUCAACGGGGCAUCUUCUGACUCUGCGUCAAAAGUGUAAAUACCUUGUGGGAUUUGAUUCUUAUUUUGUACUGUACAGACUUGCCAGAGCUGUUGCUUCCCCUCGUGGCUGAUCGAUGUUAAAAUUACUAGCUGACUGUGAAACCUGUUGCACUACGUUGUACUGAUGUACUACUUUGUCUUGGUUCAAUGUUAAACUGGUGUAUGUAUUGUUUUUUUUUUUUGUACAUUGUGAGACUAAAAUAUGAACUUUUAACAAGG